GUGUUUUUAUGCGGCCCCACAGCCCUCCGCCUCGGCCCCCUCUGUCCUCUCGGUGCUGGGUGGAGGAGCCAAGCCGUGGGGUGCCCGCUCCCCCGCUAAGGGCUCGGGGUGCUGCCGGCCCGCUCUGCAUCGCUCACUCUCAUCCCACCCCAAGGGAGAUGCCCCGAGGAGGCAGCAUCGGGCCCCCAUCGUUCAGCCCCAUAACCAGCCGCCUGCCUCCCGCCGCGCCGGCCUCGUGCCCCUAAGCAGCCAGCAGCCGCCCGCACCGCUGCCCCACACGCAGUCGAUGACUCCAGGAGAGCCUGCAGAACCCCAGCCUCCAUCAUGUCCCAGCUCUCCUCCACCCUGAAGCGGUACGUUGACUCAUCCCGCUAUGCUGAGACCACCUACAGCAAGGUGCCCAGCGGCUACAGCUCCUACACCUCCUACGGAUCCACCUUGUCCACAUCCUAUGCAAACAGUGACAAAAUCGGCUUCAAAAGCAGCUACCUGCCCUCCCCUCGCUACCACCAUACGGGGCUGUCCCCAACCAGCGCCUAUGACAGCAGCCGCCUGCCCCUGUAUCCCGACUCCAGCAUCCGCUUGAGCUCCACGUACAUCCGCAGCCAGCCCCGGCCGCCCGGCGGUGGGCUGAACGGGGGUGCCUGUUACAGCUUCGCAGGGCCCCCCAGCAGCCCCCCCGCCUACCUGCCCCCCACAGCAUCCCUCAGCCGUCGCAAAUCCAUCAGCCACGCAGACCUGGCGCGGGAGUUCUCCGGGCUGCACGCCUCGGACAGCGCCUACGCGAGCACCGGCGCGCAGGGACAGCAAGAACUCGGUGCCCUGCAAGGUCUCUACCGGGCUGCUGCACACUCCGACUACGUCCGCAGCUACGUGGAGAGCUACGGGAGGAAGAGCGGCCCCAGCCCCUCACAGGCCCUGCCACCCUCGGGUACCCGCGGCACCGCUCAGUCCUGCGAGAGGAGCGAUGAUGGGUGCUGCGACACGUCCGCACGGAACGCCGUGAGCUCCAAGGUGGUGCAGGGGCUGACUGGCCUGCGAAACCUCGGCAACACGUGCUUCAUGAACUCCAUCCUGCAGUGCCUGAGCAACACCAAGGAGCUGCGGGAUUACUGCCUGCAGAACCAGUACCUGCGGGACCUCAACAACAACAGCCGCAUGCGCACCGCGCUCAUGUCAGAGUUUGCAAAGCUGCUUCAGCUGCUCUGGACCUCGUCCCCCAAUGAGAGCGUGAGCCCCUCCGAGUUCAAGAUCCAGAUCCAGAGAUAUGCCCCCCGCUUUGUCGGCUACAACCAGCAGGAUGCACAGGAGUUCCUGCGGUUCCUCCUGGAUGGGCUGCACAGCGAGGUGAACCGUGUGCUGGUGCGGCCGCGGGCAAGCACGGACACCCUGGACCACCUCCCUGACGAUGAGAAGAGCCGCCAGAUGUGGAGGAGGUACCAGGAGAGGGAGGACAGCCGCAUCAGCGAUCUCUUCGUUGGGCAGCUGAAGAGUUCACUGACGUGCAGUGAGUGCGGAUACUGCUCCACAGCCUUCGAUCCCUUCUGGGACCUGUCCCUGCCCAUCCCCAAGAAAAGCUAUGGGGAGGUGACCCUCAUGGACUGCCUACGGCUCUUCACCAAAGAGGAUGUGCUGGAUGGGGACGAGAAACCGACGUGUUGUCGCUGCAAAGCCAGGACAAGGUGCACAAAGAAAUUCAGCAUCCAGAAGUUCCCCAAGAUCCUGGUGCUCCACCUGAAGCGCUUCUCAGAGGCUAGAAUACGAACCAGCAAGCUCACAACCUUCAUCAACUUCCAGCUGAAGGACCUGGACCUCCGGGAGUUCGCCUCGCAGAGCUGCAACCAUGCCGUUUACAACCUCUAUGCCGUCUCCAACCACUCGGGCACCACCAUGGGGGGACACUACACUGCCUACUGCAAGAGCCCCAUCUCCAGCGAGUGGCACAGUUUCAAUGACUCACGUGUUACCCCGAUGUCAUCCAGCCACGUCCGCAGCAGCGAUGCCUACCUGCUCUUCUACGAACUGGCCAGCCCGUCCUCCCGCAUGUAGCCAGCCCUGCCCGCCUGGGGAUCCCCUGCGACACCCCUCACUACCGGCCCCACAAGUGCAGGAGGAGGUGAAGAGGAAGGACCCCGAGGUGGCUGCAGCGGGAGGCUGAAGAGGAGCAGACCCCGAGCAAGGAACACCCCAGCUCCAAGCCGAGGAGGGCAGCGGCAAGCAGGGCAGGGCCCCGGCAGCUCAGGCACCUCCUGGUCGCUGGCGUUUGUUUUUUACCUUGGGGUACGUUUUGGUUUCUUUCUUCUUCUCUUUUUGGUUGGUGUGUAAUAAAAGUACUGAGCAAGGGA